GUCUCUCUCCUGUCUUCUUCUUCAUCAAACCUAGAGAGCUCUGUGUUUGCAGAAAUGGCAAAAAACAUAGGCUUCCUUAUAUGUCUCUUGAUCAUGUCCAUGGACAUCACUGCUGGUAUACUUGGCAUUCAAGCUGAGAAAGCUCAAAGCAAGGUGAGGCAUUUAAACGUGGGAUUUUCGAAUGUAGAGAACCAAGCCAUAAAGCUUUCAAGAUGGGUUUGGCUGCAGCAAUACUUUUGGCUCUAGCACACGUGAUUGCUAAUUUGCUUGGUGGGUGCAUUUGCAUUUGGUCCAAAGAAGAGCUAUUCAGGGCCACAGCUAACAAGCAAUUAGCAGUUGCUUCCCUCAUUUUCUCAUGGAUUAUAUUGGCCAUUGCAUUCUUAAUGCUGAUCCUGGGAACACUAGCAAACUCAAAGUCAAGAAAAGUUUGUGGGCUAUCAAGCCAUCAUCUUCUCUCUGUAGGAGGGAUUUUAUGCUUCAUUCAUGCAUUGUUCACAGUUUCUUACUAUGUUUCCGUUGUUGCGGCCAAAGCAGAACAAAAGAAGCCGAUUCAAAGCCAAAGCCAUGCUUGAUUUUUACUUCCUCCUUAUUCUUUACUUGUAUCUUUCAUAUAAGCUUCAUAAAAGAUGAAAUGGGCAGUCCCCCCAACCCCCAGAAGAUUUCUUAUUUUCCAUUGAAUGCUAUAACAUUUGAGUGUUUGAAGCAAGAAUAAAAUGUUCCC